GUCCUUUCGGAUCAAAAAAGAUUGCGGCCCGUUUCAGAGUCCGAUUCAUGGCGCUGGCCUUCAUCGACAACGACAAGGAGCUCACGGACACGUUCGUACGCGCCGAGAAGGUUGCGUCGACGCUCCUCUCGCGCUUGCAGUCGGACCCUGUCGCGGUGGACCCGAGCGUGUGGCCGCUGCACAACUGGGACGACGUCUUAUGGGCGCUUAAGCAGCAAGUGCUGCACGGUCCGUGCGAAGAGUACCGCGGCUCCAACGAGUACCACUCCAAGCAGUUUGCCUGCAGCAACACGUCCAAAUGGCUCGGUUGCUGUGGGCGCUUUGCCGGCGAAACCCGCUUACAAAAGUGGGAAAAGCUCGGGCGCAUGUCCAAGACGGACGCGGCCGUCAAGUACAUCCGCGUGCUCUCGGAUGUCGUGCCGACGUGGAGCAGCCCCGCGACCCCCGAUGUCGCGCUGCUCGCCGAGUGGACGCUCGACUCGUCGUCGUACGUGUGUUCCAACUGCAGCGAAGGGUUUACGCUCCUGAACCGGCGCCAUCACUGCCGGCGCUGCUCGCGGCUGGUGUGCGCGCCGUGCUCGUCGAGUCGCAUCGGCUUGCGGCUCUCUCCUGGCGUGCCCCAGCGCAAGCAACGUGUGUGCAACCAAUGCAUGGAGCAAAUCCCCGCGCCAAUCCUCAAGGUCCUCGCUACGGGACAAGAGAUUGCGCCCGACUCCAAGCUACUCCUGCUGGGACAAGUCAAUGACGUCGAGAGCACGGCCCCCAGCGAGGUCGAUGCCGAGCCAACGCAGGACAUGGCGCCAUCGCCCGCGUUGCCACCAGCGACGCCUCCAAAGAAAGCUGCCAAAGUGACGCUCAUCAAACGGGGCUACCUCGAUCGCAUGGUCGGCACGCGCUUCCACAAAGCGUGGGAGCGCUUCUUCUUUGUGCUCCUGAUUCGGAAAGGGUCUGUUGGCAUCUACCUCCACGAGGACGACGUGACGCCCGUCGAAGUGUACAAGCUCAGCGGGUACUCGAUCCGCAUCAAGAGCGAGAAGCGGCGGCCGCACCAGUUCAAGGUGAUGCACGAGUCCAAUCCUGCGCUUCGGCUCUGUGCCGAGUCUCUCCGCGAGCUCAACGCGUGGGUCGCCGCCUUUGCCCAGGCCAUUGACACCUCCGCGGCCUCCCUUGUGAUCCGCGCCCAGGACCCGCAAUAGUGAAUUCGUAAUCCAAUCCAACCGCGUCCUGUG